ACAAGCGGACGGAAAGAUUCUCUACAGCAAUGGCACUGGAUUUGUAUUACAUGCCACUUUCGGCUCCCUGCCAAUCGAUUCGCCUUUUGGCCAAGGGCAUGAAUUUGCACCUGAACUUGGUCUUCUUGGAUCUCUUCAAGGGCGAACACAUGAAGCCGGAGUUCCUCAAGAUCAAUCCACAACAUGUGAUUCCAACGUUGGUCGACAACGACUUUGUCCUGUGGGAAUCGCGUGCCAUCCUAAUCUAUCUGUGCGAAAAGUACGGCAAGAAUGACAAGUUCUACCCGCGUGACCCGAAGAAGCGGGCCGUCGUCAACCAGCGGUUGUACUUCGACAUGGGAACCCUGUAUCAGCGAUUCUCCCAGUACUACUAUCCGGCAAUUUUCGAGGGUCAGAAGUUCGAAGAGGAAAAGUUCCAAAAACUGGAGGAAGCUUUCGAUUUUCUCGAAAUCUACCUCGGACAGAAUACGUACGUUGCGGGCGAUAAGGUCACCAUUGCCGAUUUCUGCUGCUUGGCGUCGAUCACCACUAUGAAAGUCUCCGCUGGCAUCGACUUUUCCAAGUACGGCAACAUCGAACGUUGGUAUGCGCUACUGGCUGAAGAAGUGGCUGGUCAUGAUGAGGUUUGCGUCCAGGGAGCACAGGAAUUUCUGCCAUUUUUCCAAGCCGCCCGUAAGGCAACCGAGGAGCAAUAGUUGAGUUUAACUGAUGUGAAAUGUGUG